AUAUAAUAGAGGGACCAUUGCCGAGCAAUCUAAAAAGACGCAAGUUUUGCCGCCAGUUGGGUCCACCCUUCACAUUUUAUCUUUCUCUUCGAUUGUGAGGGAGAUAAAGGAUUGCAGGAGCGACAGACAUCAAUGGCGAACCCUAGAGUCAAGAUGAAAAAUGCGAAGAUAAUACUGGGUUCUUCUUCAAUGGCUCGUCGGAAAAUCUUAGCGGAGAUGGGAUAUGAUUUUACUAUCAUGACUGCAGAUAUUGAUGAAAAGAGCAUUAGGAAGGAAAAACCAGAGGAUCUGGUAGUGGCUCUAGCUGAGGCAAAGGCUGAAGCCCUCAUUUCAAGGCUUGGAAUUGCAGGACAUAAGGAGGAAAACGCACACCCCACACUGCUAAUUACAGCAGACACAGUAGUGGUGUAUGAAGGAACGAUCCGUGAAAAACCAUCGAGCAAGGAAGAAGCACGCCAUUUUGUCAAAGGUUAUUCAGGCGGUUGUGCUAUUGUUGUGGGAUCUGUAGUAGUAACUAACCUUACCACAGGGAUCAAGAAACGAGGAUGGGAUAGGUCGGAGGUCUAUUUUCAUGAUAUACCAGAUGAGGCCAUUGAUAAGUUGGUAGAUGAAGGGGUGACACUUAAUGUUGCUGGAGGAUUGAUGCUUGAACAUCCACUAACUGCUCCAUUUGUUGACACUGUGAUUGGAACUUCUGAUAGUGUUAUGGGACUCUCUAAAUCUCUCACCCAGAAGCUAAUUGAGGAAUCUCUCGAGUCGUCAUAGUUGAUCAAGUUUUACUAUGAAUUUGAAUAGGCAUAUGUAUUUUUAACUCAUGGCAUAUUUGAUGGUUGAUUAAUUUGACAUAUAUUUGUCUAGACAAUCAAAAUUAUUUGAGAAGUAUAUUGUCCCAAAAUUAUGACAA